UUUUGAUUUAGUCAGAGAUGGGGUUAGUUAAAUAUGUCAAUAAAUAACCAGUCUUUAUUUUACCCGAAGAGGACAAGGUGCAGCAUCGGCUUAGUACUUUGAUUUAGUCUAAGAUAAAUGACUGAGUGAGAUAGGCUACCAGUAAGUGACCAUGGACAAAACAGAUAUUCUAAAACCUUUAAUGGAUGUUGGUCUGGGUCCACUUAUUUUAGAUGGUGGACUGGCAACAGAACUGGAAUCAACAGGUUGUAAAUUACAGGGAGAUCCUUUAUGGAGUGCAAGGCUGCUACAUACGAACCCACAGGCUAUUAAAGAUGCUCAUUACAGGUUCCUGUGUGCUGGUGCCGAUGUGAUAACGACAGCCACGUACCAGGCUAGCGUUGAGGGCUUCACCAGGCACCUGGACAUCACCCCUGAACAGGCCAACCAACUGAUCAUGUCAGGAGUGACUCUGGCCAGAGAGACUGUCAAACACUUUAUGACUGACCAGCCUCCCUCAGAUCGCAGGGUGCCUCUGGUGGCAGGCUCUGUUGGACCUUACGGAGCGUUUCUGCACAACGGCUCGGAGUACACUGGCGCUUACGCUGCGGAGAUGAGUGUUGAGGAACUGAAAGCCUGGCACCGCCCCCAGGUCCACUGCCUAGUUGCAGCAGGGGCCGAUCUCAUUGCCAUGGAAACCAUCCCAAGCGUGAAGGAGGCAGAAGCUCUGGUGGAGCUGCUCAGAGAGUUUCCAGAUUGUAAAGCAUGGCUCGCCUUCUCCUGUAAGGAUGGACAGUGUAUAUCUGACAGCAGUCGUUUCUCUGAGGCGGUCCAGUUGGCCAGUAGGUCCGGUCAGUUGGUGGCUGUAGGGGUGAACUGCUGUCCUCCAGGCCUGGUCAAGCCCCUCCUAGACUCAGCCAGGACACAGAGGAGACCAGGCCUCAGCUGGGUGGUCUACCCCAACAGUGGAGAGGAGUGGGAUACAUACUCUGGGUGGAGAAAACCAGAGAAUAGAAUAUCAUCAAUAGCUGAACUGAGUCUGGAGUGGAUGAAACAAGGGUCUGCACUUAUAGGAGGGUGUUGCCGCAUCAGUCCUGCCCACAUAGCGGAGCUACGAAGACAGAUACAUGGAAACAUGUCUGGCUCCGAUGCUUCACAGCAUGGACAGGGAAGACCUAACAAGGAAUGAGCUUACAGGGAAGACCUUACAGGGAAUGAGCUUACAUGGAAGACCUUACAGGGAAGACCUUACAGGGAAUGAGCUCUUAUUGCUGUUAUGUAAUCACACAGUCAGAUUAUGCAGUUAAUCACUAUUUUAAAAUGACUCUUUUGAUAUGCGUUUAUAUAAAUGAAUUAUUAACCCUCA